GGGUGCUCCGAACGCGCGCGUCUAGCGGUAUUCGCGCGGUUCUCUGGAAUAUGUACAUUGUUGGAAGGUCUGACGGGACGAGUGUCAUUUGGCGAGCGGAAAAGUGAGGUUAGGUCCUCGUUAGCGGUGGAUUUUUUUUUUCUUCGGGAGCUGACGGCUGCGCGCGAACUGACGACGGAGUUAUACGAGGAAGCUCGCUACUGGUUAUGCGCGAGGAAAUGCGUAAGGUUAUGUGCGACUUCUCGCAACUCGUUACUCAUAAAUAAAUCGAUUACACAGAGCAGAUUGAGUGUAUAGCCCUGCAUUAAACAUAAAUAUAGCGAUAACCAUCCAACACAGCUAUAACCUCACUCAAUACCCCCUAAUUAAAAAAAAAAUCUCCCUCCUCGCAUACUCGCGUUUCUCUCUCGCAUAAAAUAUCAAUAGAACAACGCGCGCGCGAGCCAUCCUACGUUCAUUAAUAAUUCAUCGCAGCACAACUAUAUACACAUACAGAGAGAGAGAGAGAGAGAGAGAGAGAGAGAGAGAGAGAGAGAGAGAGAGAGAGAGAGAGCCUAUCCUUCUAUUAUUGUAAAUCACCAGAGCAGCGCGUGCAAUUAGCUUAUUUUUACACACGAUAAAGCUCGCACACUGGUGACUUGCAUAAUCGCGCGUGGGCAAAGGUCCGACGUUCUUAUCUGCCUUCUCGCAGCUCCCUCUCUUCCUUUCUUUCUUUCAUUCUUGCGCUCUUCGGCCGAUUAUCCGGAGUGAAAAAUGCGCAGACGAUAAGCGUCGAUGAGGAGAAAAUUCAGAGCACAGAUUGUAAUAUUGCGCUUUCCAUCGGAGAGUAUAGUCCGCAGUGCACAAUAGCGUUGCGCGACAGAGUGUACGUGAUUUUCACUGUAUUAUUACGCGCGCGCGCGCGCGCGUGUGCGUGUGUGUCGGGCGAUCGAAGAGAAGCGACUUUUUUAAAAAGUUGUAACUACAUCGUUGCGUAACGUUCACGCUCGAAAAAUCAAUAGCUACCCCAGUCCCGAAACUGGCACCUCCAGUCACCCCUCGGUAAGAUCGCGAAUACACUUCCUCCAUAUCUCACUCUUACCUGUGUGUAUACCUACUCGCACACCAGUCUCUUAUUCUUCUCUGAAAAGUCCGUUACGACGACGCGUUCGCAUUCGCGCUCGGUCCGCCAUCGACGCCAGUCGUCUCGUUCUCCGAAAAUCAAAAAAAAAAUCGCAAUAAAGUGUCUCCAAAAGUGCCCGCGCGCGCGUGUUUGUGACAGAGUGAUAAGAGAAAGAAAAACAGCGAAUAAAAAAAAAAAGAGCGUGUAAUAUGGCCAGACCUCGUGGAGGAAAGCGGAACUCGCCGGACGAUAAUCGCGGUAGCGGCAACGGGGCCGCGGCUUCCGGCGACGAUAAGGAGAAUCGCAAGAGGCUGAAACCGCAGAAGCAGCAGCAGCAGCAGCGGAAGGAAAAGGAGAGAGGAGUCGCUGCUAGUUACUCGCCAAAACAGACCCCGAGAUCCUCGAACGCCGGCACGAACAAUCUGCCGCCGCUGACGUUCCACCAGGUGCACGGCGACAACAUCAGUCUCUGCAACGGCAACACCAUCGCCAGGAGGCACGAGAGCUUCUGCAAGGGUGUCACCUUCAGCGCCAGACCCGUACGCGUCGGCGAGAAGGUGUGCGUCAAGUUCCUCGAGAUCUCGGACAACUGGAGCGGCGUCAUCCGCUUCGGCUUCACGAGCAACGACCCCGUGAACCUGCGCAACGGACUGCCCCGCUACGCCUGCCCCGAUCUGACCAACAAGCCCGGCUACUGGGCCAAGGCUCUGGCCGAGCGCUUCGCCGAGAGGGACACCGUGCUAUUCUACUACGUCACCUCGGCCGGCGACGUGCACUUCGGCGUGAACGGCGAGGAGAAGGGCGUCUUCUUCAGCGGCGUCGAGACGCGCAGCCCGCUCUGGGCCAUCAUCGACGUCUACGGCAACAGCACCGCCAUCGAGUUCGUCGACCCGAACCGCCAGCACUUCAACAAUGUCCGCCGCGGUCAGGAGCACAGCAACGAGGACAACGCCCAGCAUAGCAGGCAUUCGGCCAUGGACGACGCCAGCAAUGCCGGCAGGGACGUCGAGAGGAUCAUCGUGCCCUCGAUGCAGACGGUCAGCAUUCAUCACGAGCCCGACGUCGAGCUCCCGGGACUCAGGUUUCAGCCGCCCGGUGUGCUCUUCACUCCACUGCCAUUCCAUCCGACUCGCGGACGCAACAUCCGCUUCAGCAACCAGCAGUGCGUGGCCACGCGCACCGACACCGAGUUCUGCCACGGCUACGCCUUCACGAACCGGCCGCUCGUCCUGGGCGAGCGCCUGGUCGUGCAGAUCCUCGCCACCGAGCCCAUGUACGUCGGCGCCCUGGCCCUCGGGCUGACCUCCUGCGACCCGGCCCGCCUGAGCGUCGAGGACCUUCCCGACGACAGCGACCUCCUGCUCGACAGACCCGAGUACUGGGUCGUCUCCAAGGACGUGGCCUCGAUGCCCCAGCCCGGCGACGAGAUCGCCUUCACGGUCACGCACUUCGGCGAGGUGCAGAUGAGCAAGAACGGCGGCCCGGCCAACGUGGUCAUGCACGUCGACCAGAGCCUCCAGCUCUACGCGUUCGUCGACGUCUACGGCAGCACCCAGCGCGUGCGCAUGCUCGCCAGCCGGCCCCCGAGCUCGCCGCCGAGACAGCGCCAGCAACAGGCCCCGGCCCCGAGCCAGGCGCAGCCCGCUACCGCCCAGCCGGCCCAGCAGUCGGCCAACCACAGCAACGCCGCGACCGAGCUCUCGCGCUUCUCCGAGCUCGUGCAGUUCAAGCCCGCGGUAGGCGGCGGUACCGUCCUCGUCGUCAACCUGCCGCCCCAGAACUUUCCGCAGCCACCGCCGCCCACGCCCCAGCCCAUCUACGCGUCCGCCCACAGAUCGUCCUCGUCGUCCUCGUCGACGGUGGCAGUAGCCGCUGCCGCGGCCGCCGCAGCCCCGGCACCGAUGCAGAGGCUGCAGUUCACCGGCACCAUGGCCUCCACCGGAUCCUCGACGUACGUCGACCCGGUCACCUACCAGUCGACGGAGGGCGAGUGCCUCCAGCAGUGGAGCGAGAAGCUCCAGCCCCCGAAUCCCGGACAGCCCAGCGAGUGCUCGAUCUGCUACGAGCGCACCAUCGAUAGCGUGCUCUACACGUGCGGCCACAUGUGCAUGUGCUACACGUGCGCGAUGCAACAGUGGCAAGGAAAGGGAGGCGGUCACUGCCCCAUGUGCCGGGCACCCAUCAGGGACGUCAUCCGCAUCUACAAGUCCUGAAGCGAGGAGCGCUGCGCCGCUGGGGCGGCACAGAGACGAAGCACUAGCCACGGUCGGAGGGCGCCGGUUCGCUAAGAGCGUCCUGUCAAUUAUGCGCGCGCCCCCUUCCCCGUUCUUUCGUUUACUUUCUGUUUUCAAACUUCGCGCUGCGACUCCUGCCCGUUCUUCAUUUUAUGUUUCACGAUGACUGUCUAUGUGUUGCUGCUGCUGCUGAUUUUAGCUUGAUCGACGAGUCGCGCUACCGAUAAUACGAGAGUGUUUUAUUAUAUUAGAUUAUAUUACAUAUAUAUCUAUAAACGAACGUAGAUUGUAACCGAGCCGGCGGCGAAGAUGUGAUCUUCCCGGCGAGCGAGCGAACGCGCAUGAUGAUGAUGAUGUCGAGUGACGUGCGUAUAGUUUGCAUUAACCAAAGAGAUUCUUCACGACACCGAGUCUUUGGGGGGUUGAGAGAGAGACAGACAGAUAGACAGAAAGAGAGGAGAGCUGUUUUUAGCCGUCGAUAUUUUUUAUGUGUACGCGAGAAAGAUGAUUGUAUGCGUGAGAAGAUAUAGGUUUGAGAUGCCAAACGAGCGAUUCGCGCUUUUAUCCUACUGAGCCGUUUUAUUUUUCUUGAGAUAGUCGAGAGGCUCUUUCCUGCGUGAAAGGCCGUGCCUUAAGAUGUGCGAGACAUUCUUCCGUUUUUCUUAUUUGAAAAAAUAAAUAAAUAAAUAAAAACCACAUGCGAGAAACAAACACACUACGCGCGCACGCAUUUUUCCACUGGAGAGCGUUGAUUUGUUGUUCGGAAUGGAGAAUUGGCGCUGACGCGACGAGGAAGAGCCGCGCAACUGUAAUGCGAGGAUGGGAGGAGAAAGUUGCAGUAGUGAAAUCUCUAGUCCAGCGAACGGCAGCGCACACGUCUGCCGAUCCGAAAAUUGAGGGGAAAAAAUUUAAUGUUUCUUUUUAGCGUGCGAGGGGAGAUAAAUUUUUAUGAGGACGUAUAGUAGAGGAGAUGAAAAAAAUUGUUGUCUAGAUCGCCGGAUUCUGUUUAAACGAGAUGGACGAGCUGUCGGUUACGAGAGAUACGAUUGUUUUAUUUAAGCGAGGUGUGAAUGUGCUGUGAGAUGUAUGAUAUAUAUGUGGAUAUUAAUAGGCAAAUGAGCGAGAGAGGAUAACGAUGUUCCGAUUCGACUUUUCUAUAGCUAUGUAAGGGGGUUUUAUUGAGUCAUUGGCGAAGGGUAGAACGAAAGUAUAUUCGAUAAUAAUAUUUACAUCGUAGCUAUUAUUAUUAUCAUCAUUAAUGAUUAUCAUUAUUAAUAUUAUUAUUAUUCUUAUUAUUAUCAUUAUUACAAUUAUUGAUUGCUAAUUAUUAUGCAUUAUUAACAUUUGCUAUGGAUCCGCCAACUGUGUAUUGUAAUAUUUUUUCGCCAGCACAUGGCACGACCUUCUCCUCUUUUCUGUUUUUUUUUACACACAAACAUCACAUAUGUAUACUCGACAUUCGAAGAGAAGCGGUAAUUUAUACAUAUAUAUAUACUACAUUGAAAUUUUCACGUGACAGUGAAAAUUCGCUGUGGAAAAAAAUAAAAAAUCCAUGUACAUUUA